UUGAGCUAUUGGAACUAUCAGAAAACCUUCUCACAGGCAGUAUUCCUAAUAAUUUAGGAAAUCUUCGCGAGCUGCAAGAACUGUUCCUACAUCAUAAUCAACUUACUGAGUUGGGAUUCUUCGAUUCUUUGGUGAAAUGUAGGAUGUUGAGAUAUUUACAAGUGGGAUCGAAUCCGUUGAAUGGUGUUUUACCAAGUAGUAUUGGAAAUCUUUCAUCUACUGUUGAAUAUUUUCAUGUUGGAAAUGCACAAAUCAGUGGAUUCAUUCCCACUAGUACAGGCAAUAUGAGUGGUCUUACAACUCUAGUUUUUCAAGAUAACAAUUUGACGGGAAAUAUUCCUCGUGAAAUUGGUAAUCUUAAACAACUCCAAGGUCUAUUUCUAAUUAACAAUAAACUACAGGGGGAUAUUACAGAGGUAGUAUGUGAUUUAUCGAAUUUGGUUCGAUUAGUUCUGUCUGAAAAUGAGCUCUCUGGGGUGAUUCCGGAAUGUCUAGGGAGUCUUAGCAUGCUACAACAACUUUUUUUGGGUUCUAACAAGUUUGAAGGAAAGCUUCCUUUAAGCAUUUGGAAGAUGAGUAGUCUUCUCUAUGCAAACAUGUCGCGAAAUUCUAUAGAGGGAGAAGUUCCAUCAGAUAUCGGAGAACUUAAAGCUAUUGUAGCAAUCGAUAUUUCUGGUAACCACUUUUCUGGGAUGAUACCAAGUAAUUUGGGGGAACUUCAAAACUUGAAGUUACUUUCCUUAUCGAACAAUUCGUUUUCAGGCCCAAUUCCAUCAUCCUUUUCAAACUUGAUAAGCUUGGAAGUCUUGGAUUUGUCUUUGAAUGACUUGUCAGGUACUAUUCCCAAGUCUUUCGAAAAGCUCUUGUACCUUCAAAGCAUCAAUGUCUCGUUUAAUGAAUUAGAAGGUGAAAUACCUAGUGGUGGUGUGUUUGCAAAUUCCACUCUGCGAUCAUUUCUUGGGAACAAAGGUCUAUGUGGAAGGCACAAAUUGGAGGUUCCUGCUUGUGCCAUCACUACUCCUGAACAACAACAAUCAAAAUCGAAGAAGCUUGUGCUAAAAAUUGUCAUUCCGGUGGUUAUUUCAUUCUUUCUGAUAUUCUUAUUGGUUGUUUCAAUUUGGAUAAUGAAACGAAAGAAGAAAGAUAAGUCCAAAGAUGUUGAGAAGGUUCCGGAGAUAAGGACUUAUCAAUUGAUUUCUUAUCAUGAGAUUCAACGAGCAACAAAUAAUUUUGAUGGAUCCAAUAUAAUUGGCGUGGGAAGUUCUGGCUCUGUGUACAAAGGCACAUUACCUAGUGGAAUUGUGAUUGCAAUAAAGGUUCUGAAUUUGCAAAAUGAGGAAGUAUGCAAAAGGUUUGAUACUGAAUGUGAAGUGAUAAGAAAUGUUAGACACAAAAAUCUUGUUUCGGUGAUCAGUACGUGUUCUAGUGAACACAUAAGAGCCUUCGUUCUGCAAUAUAUGCCCAACGGAAGUCUUGAUAAUUGGUUGUACAAAGAAGAUCGCCACUUAAACCUUCUUCAAAGAGUCACCAUAAUGCUUGAUGUAGCCAUGGCGAUUGAAUAUCUACAUCAUGGUAUUGACACACCAAUAGUUCAUUGUGACCUAAAGCCAGCCAACGUUCUUUUGGAUGAAGAUAUGGUGGCGCAUGUUGGUGAUUUUGGCAUCUCAAAGAUUUUAGCUGUAAGCAUGUCCAUGGCACAUACAAAGACGUUGGGCACUCUUGGAUAUAUUGCACCAGAAUAUGGCUCGGAGGGAAUAGUGUCCACUCGUGGUGAUGUUUACAGUUAUGGCAUCAUGUUGAUGGAGGUUUUGGCGAAAAGAAGGCCAACAGGUGAAGAGAUAUUCAAUGAAAAUCUUGGCUUGAGGGAGUGGAUAACGCGAGCAUUUCCAAGCACUAUGAUGGAAGUUGUGGACACCGAUAUUUUUCUUGAGGAAGAAAAAAUCACUUCCAAAAGUGAACUCUGCAUAAUUUCCAUGAUAGAACUGGCUUUAGAUUGCACAAAGGCAAUGGCGGAAUCAAGAAUAACCAUGAAAGAUGUAGUCAAGAGGCUCAACAAAAUUAAGAACACAUUUUUGGAAACAUAGAAGUUGAUUAGAAUCUCUUUUGAUGUUUUUUUCCUGAUAAGCUGCAAGUUAGUACUCCUUCCAUUUUAAUCUAUUUGUCCUACUUUCCUUUUUAGUCCAUUUAAAAAAGAAUGUCUUUAUUAUGUUUUGGCAACUCUUUAAUUUCAACUUUUCAUGUGAUAUGUUUAA